GUAUUUCGUAGUGUGUCUCGAGUUGUCAAACACCAUUCAAGGUUCUUCGCUGGAAAAGUAUCCACUGUGAUACAAAGGAGCUUUCUUGUCUCAUUUACCUGUGCAGUGUGCACCGAGAGGGAGGUAGCUCCAUGCAAGCAUCAUGCCACGAAUGUGACGUACCAUGGGCAACACUGAGAGUGUGGUGGUGCAAAAGCGACUGUCCCGUUUCCGUCCGGAAGAUCGACCAGUGAUUCAAGGAGUGUUUGACCGCCUUCAGGGCAAUGCCCCUGCAGGAGCCCAAAAGAAAACACCCGCAGGAAAUACUCUCACUUUUGAGAUGCUGCAGUCCUCCAUGUGCAUGCUGGCGCCAGACUCCAUGGUAAGGCGGACAUACCAUUGUAUGUGUAGUAUUGACUUUGGAACCACAGCAGUUGGCAAAGUCAGUCCAUCCGCUGCGUCAGGAGUUUGUCGCGAGCAGUUGGUGAUCUUCCUCGCAGACACCCUGCAGGGUACCGCAGAAGAACGAGCUCCUUUGGUUAUGGCUAUGGCCCUGGGUGGAGCAUGCUCCAAGGUCGUCACCUUUGAGCAAUUAACAGAGUUCUUACGGGACCUGAUCUCUGCUGUAGUUCAGAUUGUCCUCAAUAAAGGACUCGUCCAGGGGUGGAAACCAGACAAAAUGGGUGAUGGCUCCCAGGGUGUGACACUCUUGGCAGAGCAGAUGUGCUCAGAACUGAAAUCCACAGACCAGGGAGGCUAUGAUGUUGCCUGUUUGGAGGACUGGAUCUUUAGAGUACCCCAAGUAUCUUUGUACCUGGAGAUGUUGGUAGCUGAGGGACUAAACGUUUGGCCAAGUGUGCGGCCAGCACUUCCUCUGUUGCCUCCUUGUAAGGAGACACCCUGGAAAGAUCUACGCCGGUGUCUGUUGGAUAUUCCCACCCUCAUGUUUCUUGCACCGCAGCUGCCUGACAGAUGUAAUGCACCAUGGAGACUUGUGUUUUCCACACUGUUGCAUGGCGAGAGCUUCACAAGGAUGGUGGCAGGUCUAACUAAAUGUGGGCCCACCUUGCUGCUCAUCAAAGACACAAAAGGACAUGUUUUUGGUGGCUUUGCCUCUCUCAGCUGGGAAGUCAAACCACAAUUCCAGGGUGACUCCAGGUGUUUCCUGUUCUCUGUGUUCCCCAGACUGAGAGUUCAUACAGCUACAGGUUACAACCAACACUUUAUGUACCUCAACCAGAAGCAGCAGACCAUGCCCAACGGACUGGGCAUGGGCGGCCAGCAUAGUUACUUUGGGCUGUGGUUGGAUAGUGAUUUUGGACAUGGUCACAGCCGUGCAUGGCCAAAAUGUACUACCUUUGGAAGCCCUCAACUCUCGGGGGACGAGGACUUUAUUUUGGAUUCAAUGGAAGUAUGGGCAGUUGGAAAGCCCCAUGAGCCGGAGGAGGUAAGAGCACCCAAUUCUCAUUAUCUCAAUUCUCAAGCCAUCUUCAGCCUGAAGGCUGUGAUGCGCAAUUCAUAUUUUUGUUGAAUCCAAUCUUUUUAAGUACUCAUUCACAUUACAGAAAGAAGGUGGGAGGAGGUAGAAAUAUUUUGGGAAUAUGAAGUAGCGCUCCUCGACCACCUCACACUGCUACUAAACACGAGGUAACGUAAAAAAAAAAAAGAAAAACAAAAAGAAAAGGAAAAAAAACCCUUCUCCUUGGCUGAAUUUCUACUCUCACCACAAAUAUCUAGUUUAUGCUUGAUGUUUCAAGUGGGAUUAAAUAAAGUCAAAUGUAAAGACAACAAGUGUUUCUCAAAACAACUCUGCAAAUUCAUGGACGAUGUUAUCGUUUCUCAAGCAAUCUCAACUACCUGUGCUGAGUGCGUAUUGGUCUUUUGAUUGAUGAAUAGGUCGGAUGUGUGCAGAUGAGCGUUACCCUGUAUGUC